CUCAGGAGGCCUUAUAGCCGCUUCGAUUUUAUUCUUCCUCUCGGAUCUCUCUCUCUCUCUCCGUGCGUGCGUGCGUGUGUGUGGCCAUGGCUUCCGAGAAUUUGAUCGACAAGAACGCCGUUUUCAGAAAGCUCAGAGCCAAGUCUGAUAACAAGACGUGUUUUGAUUGCAAUGCGAAGAAUCCAAAUUGGGCGUCGGUUACGUUCGGCAUCUUCCUAUGUAUUGAUUGUUCGGCUGUUCAUCGCAGUCUCGGCGUUCACGUCAGUUUUGUUAGAUCGACCGAUUUAGAUUCAUGGACUCCUGAGCAGUUAAAGAUGAUGAGCUUUGGGGGAAACUACCGUGCUCAAGUUUUCUUUAAGCAGCAUGGUUGGACUGAUGCAGGCAGGAUUGAGGCCAAAUAUACUUCAAGGGCUGCCGAAUUAUAUAAGCAAUUACUCUCAAAAGAUGUUGCUAAAAGUUCUGCAGAAGAAGAGACAGGUUUGCCAUCAUCACCCAUUGCUUCUCAGUCAGUACAAGCUGCUAAUGAAGUUCCUGAUAUCAAGACCAAUGAAGCUCCAAAAAAUAGUUCUUCAGAAAAGUCUGAAACUGCUGAUGUAUCUGCUUCACCCAAAGCUCCUCAACCUUUUGCUACCACUUCUGUUAAGAAGCCUCUCGGCGCAAAGAAAACGGUGAAGAGUGGGGGGCUUGGUGCUCGAAAGCUUACCACUAAGCCAAGUGAAAGUCUCUAUGACCAGAAGCCGGAAGAACCUCCUGUGCAAGUUUCCACCUCUGGAAAUAGCACCCCUACAUUUGGUUCAUCUUUUACAUCUCGUUUUAAAUACAUAGAUAAUGUCCAAGCUGCUGAGAUGAGUUCUGGAGGCACACACGUGAUUGGUCAUGUAUCCCCACCCAAGUCGUCCAGUUUUUUUGCAGAUUAUGGGAUGGACAGUGGUUUCUCGAAGAAAACAAGCUCAAAUUCAUCGAAAAUGCAAGAAACUGAUGAAGCAAGGAAGAAGUUCUCUAAUGCGAAAUCUAUUUCGUCUUCCCAGUUUUUUGGCGAUCAGAACAAAGCUGAUGCGGAUGCUUCAGCUUCUCUACAGAAGUUCUCAGGUUCAACGGCCAUCUCUAGUGCUGAUCUCUUCGGUCGCGAUACAGAUAGUUCCUCUCUUGACCUCACUGCAAGUGAUAUUCUCAAUCGGUUUUCUUUCCAGGCACAGCAAGAUAUAUCUUCGCUUAAGAAUAUUGCGGGAGAAACUGGGAAGAAGCUCGGCUCCCUGGCAUCCUCUUUAAUGACAGAUCUUCAGGACAGAGUCCUUUGAUAGCGAUACAUGUUGCAUUCAAAAUUAUUUUAAGAGUUUGUCGCAAUACCAUCGUAUAUUUUUCUGUGGUGAAUGUAAACGAAAAAAAUGAAAUGGUGAAAUUAUUUCAGAAGACAAAAAUAAUUAUGGUUUUAAAACUCUGGCUUAUGGUUUUUGUAGUUUUCAGUGUAUCUUGUAGCAGAAAUUUUUUGGUAAGUAUGUCUCUACUACACUAAAGCGAUUUGUUAUUGGAUGUUCAUGGGUAAUUAGUCGAU